AUGGGCCAUAUGAACAUCACUGAAUUUAUUCUCCUGGGCCUUUUUAGUGAUGAGGAUGCGAAGGUUGCCUGCUUUGUACUAUUCACACUUUGCUAUGUUGCAAUUCUGUCAGGAAACCUACUGAUUCUUCUCACCAUCAGGGGCAGCCACCUCAGCGAACAGCCCAUGUACUUUUUCCUCAGCUACCUGUCCUUCAUGGAUGUCUGCUUCACCUCCACAGUGGGCCCCAAGCUGAUCACAGAUCUCCUGGCCCAGAGGAAGACAAUAUCCUACAACAGCUGCAUGGCCCAGAUGUUUUAUGCCCACUUCUUUGGUGCCACAGAGAUCUUCAUCUUGGUGGCCAUGGCCUAUGACCGCUAUGCAGCCAUCUGCAGACCUCUCCACUAUAUGAUCAUCAUGAGCAGACAGAUGUGCUAUGGCCUCCUGGUGGCUUCCAUUAUUGGAGCCUUUGUUCAUUCCAUCAUGCAAGUGUUGAUUAUUGUUGAACUUCCCUUCUGUGGUCCCAAUCAGAUAGACCACUAUUUCUGUGAUGUAUUCCCUUUGUUGAAGCUCGCCUGUACUGACACUAGGCUGUGGUCUAUUGUCAUCAUUUCUUCCACUGGGGUGUUGUCCAUUUUGACCUUUGUUGCCUUGGUGAUUUCUUACAUCAUCAUCUUGUCCACCCUGAGAACCCAUUCAAUCCAAGGGCGUCGCAAAGCUCUCUCCACCUGUGGAUCACACAUCACUGUGGUGUUCAUGUUCUUCUUGCCCCUCAUCUUCACCUAUGUGCCCAUGGCAGAUUCUGUCAGCCAUGACAAGGUGUUUGCCCUCUUUUACACCAUGAUUGCCCCCAUGUUCAAUCCCCUCAUCUACACACUGAGGAAUGCAGACAUGAAGAAUGCCAUGAGGAAAGUGUGGUGCUGGGACAGACUGCUUAAUAGUAAAAUAAUCCUCUUUCUUCCAGCCAUUUCUUUGAUGCACUGUCUAAAGAGAUAA